AUGGAUUCAGGAAUCUGUACGGCUUUCACUUAUGUAUCAAGUGUUGAGUCCGACGAUCACCGCCUAAAAGGAUUAAGUGAUGCCGAGAUUGCAAUCAUCGGAUUAUCGCCACCUAAUGAGCCGUCACAGAGAGCACUGUUGGAUAGUGUAAUACCAGCACUAAAACCCCAAGAGUCACUUUCAUCUUCUUUCAUCACAUAUGACACCAUCGAUGAAGAGGAACAGCCCAUCGCUAAUGAGGAGAAGCCGUUUACCAUAACGUUUCCAAUUACCAGAAGCUCUCGCAAUAAGCAGUCGGUUCAGAGUAUAGUAAUCCCAUUGCCGUCCAAUUUGGACGACAAGACCGGUAUAAUAGUGAUUGAAGAUCACGACGACGGCGGAGGAAAUCUUGAUCGACGCACACUUAGGGCUCAGUUUUUUGCGCCGACACGUAUCAAACCAUUCAAACAACAACAACAACAACAACAACAACAACCAACUCUACCAUUCAGAGAGACUCUCGACGAAAACCUCAAAAACAAAACUGAAAUAUCUUCAAACCGGAUUAAUGGCUUCAAUAAUAGUCAAAAGAGAUCACAACUACCGAUCAUAACUAACAAUCGGUUGACCAAAAAGAUAGCCGAGACAAGAGCCGAACCGUCCACUUCAAGUUCGGUUAUUUUUGAUGACGAUGUACUGACAGUCACCUCAACAUUCUCACCCGAAUCGGUAUUUCGACCGAAGUCUACCCUCUCAUCCAAUAACAAUAAAAAACAAAACUUUACAAAAGUUUUAAAAUCAAGUCUUCCUAUUAUUGAUUCAUUGGCUUUAAAUAUGAAAUCUAGACAAAGAAAGAAAAAAUCAAAGACAAUCAAAAUAGUUCCCAAAACUACGACAACAACCACCACUACUACUACUACUACAACACCUGAACCGCCGACCACUACUUUUAGUGAUGAAAGUGAAGAAGAGUUUGAAAACACAGAAAAUACUGAAAGCACGACAUUUACAACACCAGAGACUACCACAAGAACUAACAUUUUAAGACAAUUUGCGUCUUUAAAUGAACGAUCAAAUGUUCGCCGAAAAUGGAAUGCAAAUUUAGUGACCACUACUUUGAGGCCAACAACUACCGAAAAGCUCACCACUACUGCAACUCCUGAGUGGACAACAACUCAAAGAAUAACAACAACACUGAAACCUACUGAGAGUACAACACCAACACCAACACCAACAACAACAAAGAGGAGAGUUCCGCAAAGAAAUAUUCGCAGACAAUGGACCACUACAUCGACUACAACUACUCCAAGUCCAACAACUGUCACAAACAGACGUUGGGAGACGACAACUAUUAAUCCAAUUGAGACCACAGAAGCUGAUUAUGAGUUAAUAUCAUUUGACAAUUCAGCGAAUAAAACAAACUUUGAUUUCAGAAAUUCUCUCCGAUUGGUUAGGGCUAAGAAUAAGACACGAACUGAAAACAUAGAAAGAGAAAACAGAGACGAAAACAAUGGAAAUGAGUCUAUUCUUAGACCAAGACCUCCGGGUCCACCACAGAUACCGGGAAAUUUUGGCGCAGGAUUUUUACCGUCAGGUAAAGCAUUCAACGCACCCCAUAAUGUCCCGGGAAGUGCUGGCGUUGACUAUCCAACGUAUAACAGAAUUCCGGUCACAAGUUUCGACUGCAAGGAUCAGAUGUAUCCGGGAUUUUACUCGGAUUUGGAAACGGGUUGUCAGGUAUAUCAUAGUUGUAAUGGCAAUCAAAGAGGAAGCAAACAUACAUUUCUGUGUCCAAAUGGCACUAUCUUUAGCCAGGAGUACCUGAUCUGUGAUUGGUGGUAUAAUGUCAACUGUGCCGACUCUCCUCUAUACUAUCAACUAAAUAAAGAAGCGUUUGCUAAUCCAACGAUUAAAGCAAAUUCAACUAAAAUUAAAAAUACAAUGAAUGCCAAUAAUAGCAAUAAUAAUAAUAAUAAAUUGAAUAAAAAGCCGAAGACUACCACAACUGAGUUCGUGAUUCGCACAAUCACUUCAACUGAUUUGCCUUAAUAUCCAAUUAAUUGCGGUCUUAUUAUAUCAACUUAUUAUAAGAUUACUGUUAACAUCACAAUCACGACUUUUUUUAUGAU